AGCCGAUUGGUGCUUACCAAUCUUUUUUGUGCUAUCUAACACCUAUGUUUAUGAUUACAUGUUUUAAUUCUAAAACUACCAAUAUCAGAAUCCAUUCUUGCGUGUAACACUCAAGGACACCCUUAAUACACUCUGUCCAUACUCUUUCCUUCUCGUUAGGUUUAAAUUUGAUUGACACUCCCUUGUGCUAGCUUCUUUAAAUUGGAUUGAGUUAUUAAAAGUCAUACCAAUUACAAAUGAUGGAUUUUCAGAUCUUGGAUCUAAGUAAGGUGUGCUACUCAUUCUCAUGAAUUGUUCAAAUUCAAACAACAUGAAGCAAAUUUAGCACCAAAAGAAAAAAAAAAUGUUUAACUUUGAAAUCCAAGAAGAAAAAUAAAGACCAGUGGCAAACUUUGACAAGCUAGCAAUGCUGAUAUACAAACGUUAUCAAUUUCAGUUGCCAAAGCACAAAAGUUCAAUUCACAGUCACAUAAUGUUUUGAUGUAAAUGCACUCGAUAAAAAAUGCAUUGAUCAAAUUAUAAUUGUUAAGAACUCUGAAAAAUACAUUGAUCAAACUUUAAUGAUUUCAGUUGCCAAAACCAAUAUGCAAAGAAAGAACACAAGAGACAUCAAUUAUGGAACUCAUAACUUAAUAUUAACAUAUCCACAUUCCAAGAAAAGGGUGACAGAGUUUGGAGAGCACACCUUUUGGAUAUGAUCAGAGGCACGACCCACAAUUCAUCUCCAAUUAUCAAGCUUCUACAACUCAAAACAAGAUUAUACAUUGCAUAAGCAAAGAAGAAUCUAAAUGCUCCAAAACCCAAAAGUAGAACUCACAGAAAAAAGGACUGGGGAGAGUGAUGAUACCCACAGAGAAGGCUAGAGGAAUGUGAAGGGAAGGAGGAGAUAUGGAGUGAGUCGAUGUUAAAGCAGUGGCUCCGCACAUCCAUUACUUUAGCUGCCAAAACUUUGCCUUUGUAAUUUCAACUAAUCACUCCGUCUCUGGAGUUUGCAGAAAUACAGACAUUAGAGAAGAAGAAAACAGAAUCCUUUCGUUGAUCAAUUACCAUCGUGUUUGAUAAGGAGCCACACCAGCGAAAACUCCACUCCACCAUGUCCAAUCACAGCAAAUUCUGCCUGAUAUUUGGGCCUUCUAUAAGCCCAUAAUUGCAUCCAUCGUCUUACCCGACGCGGCCCAUGAUGUAGGAACUCACUGCUAUAGCCAUAGCCUCCUCCCUCCUCCGCCUCGGUUUUGUGUCAGCUUCUGUGUGAAAAACAGUAAUGGCGACGAUGACGCAAUGGUGUGGCGCUGUGGUGAGGUGGGUGAUGGCAGCUCAGCCGUCAUCAACGGCAACCAGAGUUGGGGUGGGAACGGCGCCGAUCCUAUGCGGGAGAGGGGAUAAGAGGACAAAGAGAGGGAAGAGAUUCAAGGGAUCGUACGGAAACGCGAGGCCCAAGAAGGACAAGAAGAUUGAGCGAAUCAAAGACAAGGUUGAGGUCCCCAGGUCCACCCCUUGGCCUCUCCCCUUCAAGCUUAUCUAAUUUUCAGUGUCUCCAGUCAUAUGUAUCUUUUCUUGUUAGUGUUGAGCUUAGGCUUCGUAUCACUUCCAUCGGAAAUGUAUGUACAUGUCCUUGAAAUCUUCUAGUUUGCUUAAUGAACUGUUAACUUUCAGUGCUUUUGGUA